ACGGCAGCGCCCGCGGGGCGGUGCUGCGCGUGCGCCGCGGCGGCUGCGGGUUUCGGUUGCGACGUGUGCCGGCCGACGGAGCCGCGCUCGGGAUGGAGGACGAGGAUUUCUUGUUGGCCCUCAGGCUGCAGAGGGAAUGGGAAGAGCAGGACAAGGCAGCAGCGGCAGCAGCAAAGCGCCCUGAUGUCUCUCCGUGCCGCUCAUCCCACCGCCCGCUGUCGGUGGUGGACGAGGCGUGGGAGCUGCUGGACCCCAGCCCCGACGUGCACGGCCUGUUCGUGCACUUCAACCAGACUCUCUUCUGGGGCAAGCUGGAGGCUGUCACGGUGUCCUGGAGCCCCCGCAUGACCAGCUCUGCUGGUAUCUGUUCAUAUCAUGAACGUAGUGGGUUGUGUUCCAUUCGUCUCAGUGAGCCGCUUCUAAAGUUACGGCCAAGGAAGGAUCUUGUGGAGACGCUGUUGCACGAAAUGAUCCACGCCCUGCUCUUUGUUACUCAUAACUACAAAGAUCGUGAGUCUCAUGGACCCGAGUUCUGCAAGCACAUGCGUCGUAUUAAUCUCCUGACUGGAGCCAAUGUCACAAUCUAUCACAAUUUUUAUGAUGAGAUUAAUUUGUACCGCCAGCACUGGUGGCGGUGCAAUGGCCCCUGCCAAAACAGAGCACCUUACUUUGGAUAUGUGAAGCGCUCAAUGAACAGAGCACCCUCUGCACAUGACUUCUGGUGGGAUGAACAUCAAAGGACGUGUGGGGGCACGUUCACAAAAGUGAAAGAGCCAGAGAAAUUCUCAGAGAAGUCCAAGCAGAAAACUCAGACAGCAAAACCUCCACAUUUCAAGUCAACUAAUGAAGGCAAGACACAAAUGCAUGGUAAUUGCAAAGACCUGACUCCUUUUAGUGGAACGGGAUAUCGGCUUGGAGGAGGAGGCGGUGUACUUUCAGAGAAAAACACAAAUGCCAGCAGCUCCACUGCAAACAGUGAAGCACAUGGCUCACUGCAUCAUUCAGCAGUAAGGACACCACCAAUCCCUAAAAAUGAGAUAAAACUGGAAAAAUUACCCCAUGGCAGUAUCUUUCCGCUUCAUACCAAAGGUGCCGCUGAGAAGAGCAGCUUAGCUUUAAAGAGUGAGUUUCCAAAACUCUCUGCUGCUCACCCAGAAGAUGAUGAGAACGACUGUGGAUUGCCUGCUAGGAUGGCUCGUGUUGCUGAAGAAACAUCAAGCCAAGGCUCACCAGUUGGCAAGAGGGCUAUGCCAUCUUCUAACUGGUCACCAAAACGAAUUUGUUUGGAGCAGACCCCAAGAGCUCAGGGUGCAUCUGAGAAAAAAAGCUUAGAAUGUGUUAAUACACUGCAGCAAUGGCCAAAAAAGGAAGACAAAACGGCCUUUGAAAAGUAUUUCAACAAAAAGGGGGCUACUGAUGUCACUACAACUACAAAAAACAGAGUUGAACUUUCACAGUCCUCUGCAAGUCCUAGCAAUCCUGUGAGGCAGGAGAGAAGAGUCACUUGUCCUGUCUGUGAGACUGAUGUUUUGGAAUCUAAAAUAAAUGAACAUCUUGAUUCUUGUCUUUCGUAGAACAGCAGAAAGUUUCUUAAAAAGAUAAACCAGGGCUGGAAACAUCGUUUGAAAGGUAGUUUUUGCUCAGGGUUUGCUUAGCUGUGGUUAAACUCCGUGUACCUGCUCUGAAGUGGAAUUUAAAAUGUAGCUGACCUCCAUAUCCUCACAUUGGUAAGUAAAAAUUGUGUGGAAUGCUGCUAGGAAUACUGGUAAAGACUGUUCCUAGGCAUGUCGUAAAAGCUUUCAUGAUUUUCCAGUUAAACUUUCUUCAAGUGCUAUACAGGACAAAUGAUGAUUAAAGUGACAUUACCUGCCAGUCUUUGUUUUGCUUCCUCUGGAAGGCAGCCACGUUCGUGGUUAGCAGGCCGGUCAGUUGAGCACUAAAGCCAUUGUGCCAUGAAAAGUUAUGAGUGCCAGGCACAUGUGAGCUUCCUGAAAUGUUCUCUUGUUGCACUAAGGUACUUAAUGGGUUAAGCAUUAAACAGUGUGAUUCCUUACAAUAAGUAAAACUGAUUGUAUAUUUGCUUAAACAUAAAAAUAGUUUUAUAUAAAUAACUAUUAAGCAAUAUUGUUUUAUAUCUUGUUACUGGAAUUUUAAAUGGCUAUACAUGUUUACAGUAUUACUGCUGUUCCCUUAACUAAUUUUAAAUGCUUUAUAUCUUUAAAAAUGUUGACACUAAGUUUUAAAAAUAUUGCCACUAAGUUAAAUGUAAAUUGCUUUGUUCUUGCAUACUCUGAAUAAAUUGUUACUGAAGUUUAAA